CUUUAUUUUAUUUUACGAUUAAUUAUUAUAUUCAAUUUCCCCUCCUUCCUCUUACACAUGCCUAUAUUUAUGAAUACAACUCCAUAUCAGCAGCAAGAGCAGUCGCUAGCACGCGCUGGCUGUAAACGCAGCCACAACAGCGAUGAUAUUUUUUCCAUAUCAUCACCUGGAUCACCAACCGCGUGGAACAACAGCGCUCACCCUCUUGAGUCAACUCAGUCACCGCUACCGCCAAGGAAAAAAACAAAACAUUUACAUAAUGAAAUUUCACCGGGCAUCCAUCCGGAGGAAGACCCAUUGUCAUCGAUGGGUCAAACAAAUUUCAACAAAAAGCGGAUGAUGGAAGCAGAUACAUAUGAAAAGGGGAGGAAGCGAAUGAAAACUGACGCAGUGAAUAUGAUGCCUGAAGGAGAUUUGGUGGGGGCAGAGGUGGCGGACGAUAGUGGGUUUGAAGAGGACAGUGUGCUGCCGAAGUACCGGGUGAUUGAUCUGCCUCUGUCUUUGCGCGCACACGCUUUUCUGCAGGGGUUGGCUGUUAGUGAUAAGCAGCAGCCGCAAGAUCAGCAGCAGCAGCGGCGGCAUCAGCAGGGCCUUGGGCGGGAGCAUGAGGUGAGCAAUAGUAAUAAUAGCGACGGCGCGCUGAUUCUGUACAACCCACAGCCCAACGGCUGGAUUGGCGCUGCCAGAGAAGGAAUGGAGAAGCCGCAGCCGCAAUUGCAGCCGCAAUUACAGUCGCAGGAUUACUCCAUGGACAUCGACUGAGAGAGAAAAUAGAUUCAUAGUCAGUCGCCUUUUGUUCAAAUGAAUCAAUAA